GUGGUCUGUAACAGUUUACAUUUGACCCGGAAACCAUUCCAAAGGUAAAGACAGGGCAAUUUCCCUUUUCGUGGUGUGGAGUUUUUACUAAUGAACACGAUUGUUCACCACAGCUCAUAACAUUUACCUGUAAUGUACAUCCUGCACAGGUUUGCCUCUUGGAGCUCUGUAGAAUCCUUUUACCCUUGACAGUGGGAAGCUACCUUUUCAAUGAAGAAAACCGUGUACUACAUCCUUUUGUUGCUCAGCCAUUUUUUUAUCUCCUUGGGCUUGGAAAAUAGAACCAUCAAUGGAUCUGCAGCUGAUGCACCUGAUAGUAUUGCUCAUGUAUCCAUACAUCACAUCAGUCCACAGCUGCUGGCUGCUCUUCCAGUCCACCAUGAUAUUAUCGUGAAAGAAGGCAGAAGUGUUGUCAUAAACUGCAGCAUAAGCUCCAAACUACUGUAUGAGGAAGUCCUGUGGUAUAAUUCAAAGGGCCAUCUUUUGGAUGAGGUGGAAGGAGGUGGAAAAUGGCUGAUUUCUGAAAGUGGAGCACUGAAUAUCACAAACGUAGUAUUUGCUGACCGCGGAAGGUACACAUGCAUUGUUCUAAACCCCGUUGGCCGUAACAACUACACAGUCACCUUGAGAGUUACUUUUACCACAGGAGAUAUGGGCAUCUACUACAUGAUUGUCUGCCUUAUUACUUUUGCCAUCACUCUUGUCCUGAACAUCACUCGGCUCUGCAUGAUGAGCAGCCAUCUCCGUAAGACAGAAAAGGCCAUCAAUGAGUUCUUUAGAACAGAGGGAGCUGAGAAGCUGCAGAAGGCUUUUGAAAUUGCAAAGCGUAUUCCUAUCAUCACUUCUGCUAAAACACUUGAGUUAGCCAAGGUCACCCAGUUUAAGACCAUGGAGUUUGCAAGACACAUAGAAGAACUAGCAAGGAGUGUCCCAUUGCCGCCUCUUAUUCUGAAUUGUCGUGCUUUUGUUGAAGAUAUGUUUGAGGCUGUGCGAGUAGAUGACCCUGAUGAAGCUGCUGAGGAGAACAAAGAAAGCCAAGCUGUAGGAGGUGCUGCAGCGGUUUAUACAAUUACUUCAGAGAUGCAGAGAAGGAGUUCUCCAGCUGGAGAUUCAGAUGAUGGCUCUGUAGGUGAACAGGGGAAAGAGAUAGCUGUCCAGGUUUCUGUCCACCCUCCAAAUCAAAGCCUAGAUACCAUUUCACGUAGUAGUGGCCAGUCAGAGUCAAAAGAAGAAGUAAUCACAAACCUAAAUCUUAGUAAAAAUGCAAACACCAUAUAAAGCUUUAUGCCCACUAUUUCUUACAGUGUUCAGUAGAGCAUUAAUGUGAUAGGCUGGUCCAGUCAUUGAGAUGAAGCUCUUGUCAUGAAGUAUUGAAAGAUUCUCGCUCAAAAGAUCCAGAAAGUUUUCACAGUGCACAAACUAGUACAGAAAGCUGGCAUUCUGUAUUUUCCUGAUUGUAUAUUCUGAUGCCUUUUUGUCUUGCUUGUUGUGUUUAGGUGUGAAAGUAAAGGUUACAGUUGUUUCUAGCUAAGUAAUCUUGCAUAAAACAUCCUUUAUGACUCCUGUGUGCACUUUCAUAAUGUGAGUACUCAGCCCUUGUUUUCAGUUGCAAAAGGUAGCAUCAGACUGCAAGUCAAAAGACUGCACAUAUUUGUAUGGGGUUUACUAAUCUCGUCAUUUUUGCACCAUUCCAUACAAUGAUUCUGUCACAACAGUAGUCAUAUUUUCCUGCAUAUCCUUUACCUGCAUUACUUUUGCUUAAAAGCUCUGCAGAGCAACAUUAUUGAUUUUCUGUGAGUGUUAUCAGUAUUUGAAUAUAAAUGAAGAAUUG